AUGGCUUCCUUGAUGGCUGGGCUGUGGCGCUUGAUUAUUCCCAUAAUUGUCCUAUCACACUUCUCAGCAUCUCUUCCAUCCCAGGAGAGGACUGAGAGACACGCUGAUGGGCUCUUCCACAGUGAGCUCAGCAAGAUGAACGGCAACGCCUACGUGCAGCAGCUGGUCAGGCACUUGGUGGGGCUCAAGGAGAGGUCCCAGAGGCACUCGGACGGGCUCUUCACCAGCGAGUACAGCAAGCUGAGAGGCAACGCCCAGGUGCAGAAGUUCAUCCAGAGCCUCAUGGGCCGCAAGCGCAGCUCUCCAGGCCCAGUCAACACAGAUGUGCAGGGGAGAGAGGAAGAGAACAGCCGGGAGGAACUUUGCUUUAUGUGGUUGUACCAGAGCUUUCUAAACACCAGCCACUCGGAGAGUGAUGCCAGGGAAGCUGCUGCAGCCACCAGCCAGUACCUUUGCCCCAUCUCUAAGCAGCUCUUUGCAGACACCAAGGAGGAUUCAGACAGUUUGGACUGA